GUUACCUGCCGCGGCGGCGGCCGUUGGGCGCUGAGGGGUUCGGCCGGGGGCGGCCGCCGCCGCCAUGGAGGGCGCCGCCCUGCCCAUCGCCCGGUACCGGCGAGCGCUGGUGCAGGCUGUCAGGGACCGGCCCUUCCUCAUCGUCACCGGCGAGACGGGCAGCGGCAAAAGCACGCAGCUCCCCAAGUACCUCUUCGAGGCAGGGCUCGCCAAACACGGGGCCAUUGGCGUGACCCAGCCGCGGCGUGUGGCCACCCUCUCGGUGGCGCGGCGAGUGGCCGAGGAGAUGGGCUGCUCGCUGGGGAGCAUCGUCGGCUACCAGGUCCGCUUCGACGACUGCACCUCCGAGGAUACUGCAAUAAAGUAUAUGACUGAUGGCUGCUUGUUGAGACAAAUAUUGGCAGACCCUCUCCUCAGCAAGUACAGUAUCAUCAUUUUGGAUGAAGCCCACGAGCGGAGCCUCAGCACAGACAUUUUAUUUGGUUUGCUGAAGAAAUUAUUUCUAGAGAAGAAACCACCAGGUAGGAAGCAGGACAUGAAACUGGUGGUGAUGUCAGCUACUCUGGAGGUAGACAAGCUCUCAGAGUUCUUUGGACACUGUUCAGUGCUGCAUAUUCCAGGAAGAAAUUAUCCAGUCAAGGAGAUAUUCUGCAACCUGCUUGGCCCGAAGGAUACAGCAAGCUCUGCGUAUGUUACAGAGGCUAUAAAAGUGACGUUGGAUAUCCAUUUAAAUGAACCCAGAGGGGACAUCUUGGUUUUUCUGACAGGUCAAGCUGAGAUAGAGAGAACUUGUGACUUACUUUUCCAGAAAGCAGAAUGUAUAGAUUACCGCUAUGAAGUACAAGAUUGUUCUGUUGAAGGCCUGCUUAUCUUGCCAUUGUAUGGAUCAAUGUCCACAGAUCAACAGAAAAGAAUAUUUCUGCCAGCUCCUACAGGCAUUAGAAAGUGUGUGGUAUCAACAAACAUUGCUGCAACAUCUCUGACGAUUGAAGGAGUCAGGUACGUGGUAGAUAGUGGAUUUGUGAAGCAGUUGAAUCAUAACCCCCGAGUUGGCUUGGACAUCCUGGAAGUGGUUCCCAUUUCAAAGAGUGAAGCAACGCAACGAGCUGGCAGAGCUGGCAGGACAUCAUCUGGAAAAAGCUAUCGGCUAUACAGCAAAGAAUUCUGGGAGCAAUGUAUGCCUGAUCACACUGUCCCAGAGAUCAAGAGAACCAGUCUGACAUCUGUGAUCCUGACCUUGAAGUGCCUUGCUGUGCAUGAUGUCAUCAGAUUUCCCUAUUUGGACUGCCCUGAAGAGAGGCUUAUUUUAGAAGCUCUCAAGCAACUUUACCAGUGUGAUGCUAUUGACAGGAGAGGCCACGUGACAAGACUUGGUGAAUUUCUGGUGCAAUUUCCCCUCCCUCCUAACCUGACCUGUGCCGUCAUAAAAGCUGCUUCUCUUGACUGUGAAAAUCUGCUACUUCCCAUAGCAGCCAUGUUGUCUGUGGAAAAUGUCUUCAUUCGUCCAGGUGAGCCUCAGAAACAGAAGGAAGCAGAACUUCGGCACCAGGAACUUUCUUCGCAAGUGGGAGGAUGUAAUGACUUUGCAACCCUCUUAAAUAUUUUUGAACAGUGCAAAUCAAGCAAGUCUCCUUCAGUUUGGUGCCAGAAACACUGGAUCCAUUGGAGAGCUUUAAAAUCUGCUUUUAGUGUGGAAACACAACUUCGGGAAAUAAUCAGUAAACUGAAACAGUUGCCAGACUUCCCUAAAGAAAAAUUUGAAGGCUCCAGAACUGAAAUACUAAGAAGAUGUUUGUGUGCAGGGUAUUUUAUCAAUGUAGCGAGGAGAUCUGCAGGCAGGACAUUCUGCACAAUGGACGGACAUGGCAGCAUGGUCUAUAUCCAUCCUUCAUCUACGUUGUACAACCAGGAGACUCAUCUUGAGUGGAUCAUCUUCCAUGAUGUCGCAGUGACAUCCAAAAUCUAUGUCCGGACAGUGUGUCCAAUUCGCUAUGAAUGGGUCAAAGACUUGUUGCCCAAAUUGCAUCAAAUCGAUGCAUAUGAAUUGAGCAGCGUGGCACGGGAAGAAGUAACUGAAGAGGAAAUAACCAAGUGGAAAUGCAAAGAGGACCUUAAAAGGCAAUUUGAAGGAGUCACAGAUAACUCUGCUAAGAAGAUGGAGAGAAGGAAUGAUGACGUAUCAAUACUGAAUGCCCGAGCUCGCUACCUUGAGAGAAAGCAGCAAAGAGCCCAGGGUUUAAGUGGCCCACUGAAAGGAAUGGGUUAGUACUGAUGGAUGCUCUACUCCAGUGUGAGGAAAGGUCAUUUGGUGCUGCUGUUCUGGAUAUGUUUGCAUAAUGCAAAAUGACUUACAGGAAUGAGAGAGAACUUCUGGUCUGUGGUAAGUUUAACUGCCUGUGUGUACAAACAUGAUCUUCCUUCCUGUAUUCAGCAAGGAAAAGUUACCAAGGUGUUUUUGUUGCUGUGUGUCACAGGCAACAAUUUACUGACCUCAACUGUGGGUGAAGACAUGAUGCUUACAGUGAUGCCAGUUCUGUGGCACUUCAUUGACUUAGAAAGGUCUCAGUGGUCUGGGUGACAUUAUCAAUAAAAUUUUCUUUCUUCUUCUUCUUCUUUUUUUUUUUUUUUUAAGGAAUUGGAACUGUCACUUUUUAAUCUGUUUUACUGUAUAUGGUUGUGGUUAUAUCAUCUUUUUACGCUUACUCAGGAAAAUUUGUGGGAAGUCAUCUUUUAAUGAUGGAACUGCUGGGACCUAAAAUCAGAAAGAUGUUUGCCACAUGCAUUUUCUGUGGCAGACAGUAUUAUUCCUACUGUGUGUUGUACUGUACCGUGUACAGUGAUGGUUCUGGGUGAAGCUUUCUUUGUAUGUAAAGUAUUUUGUAGAUGUAUCUUCACAUUACUGUCAACAAUACACAAUUUUUGUCAGAAAUGACUAAGCAUUGCGUGUUUUUUUCCCACUUGGCAAAAAGACAGCUGUCAAUCCAGUUGUUAGCCAGGUUACAUCCUGCAGUCCAUCAGCAGGCUACUGCCUACUAGGCUGGGGGAGUUUUUUGAGGUUAGUGGCUAAUAUAUGGACUAUUCCUAAUUUGUACAAAGAACGCGUGAAGGCAUAAAGAAAUCAUAGCUUUAUCUUUAGUCAGGUAUAGCAAAGCAAAAAGCUAUGACUGUCUUACCUCUUCAUUGAGAAGGAGACAAAUUGUAAGCAUUUAAGAUUAUUAAGGUGACAGUAAGAGAUUCAGUGUGGAGCUUGUCUGUCUUGUUCUGGUUCAUUUUUAUGUUUUUACAUUUUAUACAAGAGAAUUUCUGAAAUACUAGAAGAACCUGGUGCCAUUUUUCAUGUCUGAGCUGUGUGCAGCAGUGUUAUCUCCUUUACAUGCUUUUCUCUU